UCCUCAGUCAAGGAGAAGCUAAUUGGAGGAAAGAAUAGAAGAAAGGAGCUGUUGGAAAACAAAACGAUCCAAAACUUUACUUCUCUACAGCAUGCCACAGAAAGAUUUCAGGAGUCAAACGAGCUGGGAGACGGGUGUGGCCUCCAUGAUGCAAAACAAGGUCCAUGCUGUCUGCAGUGAAGGUCACAGUGGAAUAAACCAGCUUGGAGGUGUGUUUGUGAAUGGGAGACCUUUACCUGAUUCGACCAGGCAGAAGAUAGUGGAGCUGGCACACAGUGGAGCUCGACCUUGUGACAUAUCCAGAAUACUGCAGGUGUCAAACGGCUGUGUAAGUAAAAUCUUGGGCCGGUAUUACGAGACAGGUUCGAUUCGUCCUCGGGCCAUCGGAGGGAGUAAACCAAGGGUGGCAACUACAGAGGUGGUGGGGAAGAUUGCUCAGUACAAGAGGGAGUGUCCGUCCAUCUUCGCCUGGGAGAUCAGAGACCGACUGCUGGCCGAGGGAGUUUGCACCAAUGACAAUAUACCCAGUGUGUCAUCAAUAAAUCGUGUCCUCAGGAAUCUGGCCAGUGAUAAGCAGCAAAUGGGCACAGUGGGAGCUGAAGGGAUGUUCGACAAACUCAAGAUGCUCAAUGGACAAACCACCUGGGGGGGACGCUCAGGAUGGUACUCUGGGACUACACUCACUAGCACUGAGUGUCCACAGGCAGAGGCAGGCGAGAACACCUUAUCAGUCAGUCCCAACUGUGAGGACUCAGAGGAGACUCAGAUGAGGCUUCAGCUCAAGAGAAAACUGCAGAGAAACAGAACGUCAUUCACACAGGACCAGAUCGAAGCGCUGGAGAAAGAGUUUGAAAGGACUCACUAUCCAGAUGUGUUUGCCCGAGAACGCCUUGCCAACAAAAUAGACCUUCCAGAGGCCAGGAUACAGGUUUGGUUUUCCAAUAGACGAGCCAAGUGGAGAAGAGAGGAGAAGCUCAGAAAUCAACGUCGUCAAGUGUCCAACUCCUCCAACCAUAUUCCUAUUAGCAGCAGCUUCAACCCCAGUGUUUACCAGCCAAUACCACAACCUAGUACUCCAGUGUCCUUUUCAUCAGGAACCAUGUUGGGAAGGUCAGACUCAGUUCUGUCCAACAGCUACAGCCUAGCAGCCAUGCCCAGCUUCAGUAUGGCUGCCAGCCUGCCUAUGCAAGCAUCCAGCCAGUCCUCUUAUUCCUGCAUGCUGCCCACCAGCCCCACUUUAAAUGGAAGAAGUUAUGAGACAUAUACUCCUGCGCACAUGCAGCCACACAUCAACAGCCAGGCAGUGACGUCCUCUGCAACAUCGUCAACAGGUCUGAUUUCCCCUGGUGUCUCAGUUCCGGUCCAAGUUCCAGGAAACGAAGCGGACAUGUCACAGUACUGGCCACGCCUCCAGUGAUGUCAUGUCCUGCGCCAGGAGAUCCCUAGAGAUGACUGCUGCAACUCAACUGACCUACCCCUACUCUACAGCUUGAAUGUAAAGAAGGACCUGAAGCAGACUGCACUGUAGCAAAUGAAUAUGAAAGAAUUACUGUCAUUGAUGUUUGCAAGAAAAUGUUCAAACUGAAUUCUGGAGACAAGCGUGGACACAAACUCUUUUUAAAUGUACUCCAAACCAGUACCAGUGCAGCUACUGUACCACUGGAUCCAGGUUUCUUGGGGAGAUCUGUCGCAACAUAAUCCCCAGCUGCAUCGAAAGUUUGGUUGGUGAUGACACUUUGGCACAAGACCAGAGAUAAAAGCCCUGAGCUGUACUCAGGAGGAUCAGGGAGGUGGCCCAUCUUUUCUGUGGGAAAACAUAUCACCUCAACUUUCAGUUCCUAAUUGAUAUCAUGUUGGUGGAUUUGUAGUGACAAAAAAACUACUGAAACAUAAAGGGAUGAACUGUGAAGUUGUAUCAUCAGCAGAUUCCAAAGGAUCUGCACUGAAACGUGUAUAGAGUUUCAAUUCUGUUGAUAUGUGUUUGGUAUUGUAAAAAAAGAAAAAGAAGAUGUGAUCUGUUAACUGGCAUGGACUCAUAUUUUGAGCUUAAAAACAAUGUUUACGGAAGAGGUUUGAGGGGGGGGGUCUCACUCUGUUUUAAUCACCCAUGUCCAUAAACCCUACAGUAGAGCCACUAUUGAAACAGCGGAAGCAUAACCAACAGCCUGCUGGCUUCUGAAAAGUGAACAUUGGAUUGUGUCUGGGAUGUGAAUCUGUUUUUAAUUGUAAAGUAUUUGUCUUCUCCAGUGAUCUGGGAGGGUUAUUAAAAUUAUUUCAAUUAUAUUUCAUGUUACAGUUUAUGGUAUUGAUAUGGAUUUAUUGACAGUAUUUAUUUGUUUUACUACCUCCAUUGGACCAUUAGAGUUUACUUUUGCUGCAGGUUUCCAUGCAGCACCUGUGGCACGGGGACUGUGAGCUUCACUCUGCUCUCCAUCGGGCUUGGUACAGAUGCUGGUGAUGAACUGUCAAACAUCCUUCAGAGUACAGCAAUAUUACAACGCAGACACACCCACACACAGCAAUUUCAGAAGUAAGGCACUUCUGAAUAAAAAAAAAGAAAUAACUUUUCAUAUGCUCUCUCCCUCCAUGUCAUUCAUUCAUUCAGCCCUUCAUUUUUUUUCGGUCUUCCAUUGGCCAGGGGGUGGCUGCAAAAUGAGAAUGGGGUCACCCUCUCGCAUUUACCUAACAAAAGACA